AUGAACGCGAGAUACGAGCAUGUACCACUACCGCUGAACCCGCAUAAGCCAUUCUUUCGACUGCUCAAAGUUCAGCGCGGCAGGCGUGAUGAACCGCUUGCUGGUCAACUUGACAAUGUAGCAAUCCCAUCACUCUGUGGGCCUGCGGGCCUCGUCGACAAGGUGUACUACAAAGCGCUGUCAUAUGUCUGGGGCCUCGACAUCGCGGACUGCGAGAUCCUCAUAGAUGGCCGACCGCUUUCUGUGCAUAGGAAUCUCCACGAAUUCCUCCUACAAUGGCGUCAGUCUGGGUUCUCCGGUUAUCUCUGGAUAGAUGCAAUCUGUAUCAAUCAGUCAGACCUCGACGAGCGCGCCGCGCAGGUCCGGUACAUGCCGCAGAUCUAUCGGGAAGCUACCAAAGUCAUUGUGUGGCUCGGGCCCGGCAGCGCGAUCACCAAAGAUGCCAUGAAACUCCUGGAAACGGUAUCACACUCUAGUCAUGAGUUUCUUUUGGACCACUACGACGCGAAAACUCUUUCAAGCUUCGACAGUCAUGCGUACUGGAGAAGAACAUGGGUGGUUCAGGAGUUUUGCCUUGCCAGGCGUUACACCGUCAUGUGGGGCGACUUGGAAGUAGCCGACGCAACACUCGACCGCUUCCGCUCGAAGGUCACGGGCGCUCUCGCGUUGAAGACCGGGGUUGCGGUGUCUGCGCGAUAUCGCUUCGAGUGGCGCGAUUUCGGCCAGGGCCUCUUUCGUGCAAUGCAGCAGAGGAGCAUUUUCGACAAGCGUGGCCGUGUCGAGCUUCUGAAGCUGAUAUGCGCGCAUAAGUGGACCAUGUGUCGGCACCCACAGGAUAGGGUGUUCGCAAUGCUGGGUCUAGCGAAAGAGAAGAUCGCUGAGCAGAUCCAGAUUGACUAUACACAGACAAUGGAGUCGCUACUCGUACAUGUGCUCAAGGCGAGCGUUGUGGCUAGCGACGAGCUGGCUCGCUGGAUCAAGAUCCUAUCCAUACCGUUUGACGUAGACCCCAAAAGUGGAACACGAAAGGCACUAUCAAGGUCUAGCGCGCACCAUAAUGACAUUGUGGGCGCGAUCGUGGCUUCAGCGGACUCGCCGCAAAGACUCCCAGAUCAGUCCACCACGAAUUCUCAUCCAACGCAUCGACACGUUGCUCCCAUCGGGUUGCAGCUGAUGGAAAUGACAGCAUUCGUCACAGGGCACAUUCAGACCGUCAUAGCUCUCGAAGGUCGAAUGCCGUCCUCUAUUGUAUCCUCUGAAUGGUACUACUCUCCCAAAAGCCGCAGACCUUUGCUGGAUGGCGUUCACAUGUCUUCCUUGGUGCUACCGGACGCUCGACUCGCCCGUCAACAUCUGCUGGCCGAAUCAGUGGCCGAUGCUCGUCCUUCCGCAUCGAUCGUGGCUGUGGAUACGGACCUGAAGUCGUGGUCGUCUGCACACGGCGUUGCUUUCGGUCACCCUAGACCCGGGAAUCUCGUGGCGCACUUUCUAGGGCACGAGACUGCUUUGACCCUAGACGUCUCAGCUUACAAAGCCAACAAGCCCUGCAUUACGGGACGUCUGCGGUGUCCACGUACGUCGGUGAGGACUGCCCAAGACCCAGUGACAGGUGUAUGGCGACCCGAGUACGAAUGGUUCCCGUUCUCCGAAAGCGACUGCGAAUCGCCUUCGGUCGGCGUGCGCAAGGUCGAACUCUUGCUCACACCAAUGGAGGUACUUCAUCUUGGUUGUGAUCCGAAGGUCUUCGAGCGCCGGAAGUGGGAAGUCGCGGCCGCUGACCAUCCUGGGAGUACCACCAAACCGCUCGCACAAGAUGAAUGA